AUGGAUCAGAAUAUUAAAAGUAAUAUUCUAUUAGAAAAUAAAGAAAUUGAAGAAAUAGUUACUAAAUUACUAGAUAAAAAAAAUAUAUUCAACGAUAAUAGAAUUGUUGCUAUGAUUCAAGCUAAAAAAAAUAAAGAAUUAAUUAGACAGGAAGCUAAGAAUGAGAAUGAGGUACCUGAUCUACCUGUAAUAAUCACUGAA